AUGGAUAAAUUACGAAACAUCAAGCACAGACUCAGUAUGUCUGUAGACAAACUUUCGCCCUCUCGGCGGUCUAAGUCGCAGCAGCGUAAGAGUGUGCCGCUAGGGAGCACCCCGUGUUCUGAUGGGGAUAUUCCUGACUCCGUCAGGACUUCAAGGGCUGAUUCGCGACCAACUAGUGCCGCAGAGGUGAUAAUUACAUCAGGGUCACGACCCAAUAGUUACUGUGAACCCGACGCAGACGAAAGUACCUCUGGGGAGUGGCUGGAUGCAAUUGGAGCCGCGUCGUUGCCAGACCCUGUCGACGACAUUAAGGAGUCAGAAGAGGUUGCUUCGUCGCCCAGCCCCAUCGUUGAGGACAAACCUCUUAAGCGUCCAACUUCCUCCUCUGUUGAAGGUGGAGGAAGUCUCAUGUCUGAAGUGAUGAAAGAAGUGGAGAAAAUAACGGACAUAACCGAAACCUUGAAAACUAAACGUCAAAAAGUGGAAACUGAAGCAGCAGACGAGGUAACAGUGAGUGUUAGUGAUAAAAAGGCACUGUUGGAUGUUUCCACCGACGGCGAGAGUCAAGAGCCCAGCGAGCAAGUAGUCAAUAUCUGUGACGAGACUCUGCCGGUAACUGAGGUGACCCACCGACAGACUGCUGGUAGAGGCAUCGUUCACAGGAAGGCCAUGGAGAGCACCUCGACCACACUGAGCGUAUCCUCCACCUGCAGGGCCGAGAGUCUCACUUCCGGCUACUUCUCAGACUCUGACGUCACACUCUCCGACGUUAGAUGUGACAGUGGUUACUUGAAGUCAGCCUUUACAUCUGUAGCGUCAGAAAACACAGAGCAGAGCAAGUCAGCUUUUACUUCUGUACCAUCAGAAAUUACAGAACAUAAAUCUGCAUUCACUUUAGUAAAAUCUGAAACAACAGGGGGCAGCAUAUCUGCUUGUACAUCCGGUACCUCAGAUGAUCAAGAUCAAGGUCAGUCUGCCUUCACCAGCAUCAUGUCUGGGCAGCAAACUACCUCGUCAGCCUUCACUGCCAUCACGCCAGAAAAGACAGAGAGUACAGUUGCCUCGGCGGAGACAACAGAGGAAACCUCAGAGACGAGCACUGCAGCGUCGACGACUUCCACCACCACCACAACUCAGAAAUCUAAGACGGGUGUCACCAAGAAGGAGAGCAUAUACAGCAGGAUUAUGAGGAAGAAAGACUCUUCCAAGGAACCGAUUUACGCCAAAAUUAAGCCGAAACUUACGAUAGAGACGAGUUUUCAGCCUAUUGAACCUAACACAGCAAAAAAUACGUCACAGGUCGGCAGUGCAGGAGUUGUGAAACCUGAGCCCAUCUACAGUGUUGUGAAACCGAGAGAUCCUGGGGCUCCACUUGUUCCCCUUAGUCCUGUCAGUGCGCCAAUCACGCCGGGCAGCCCAUUUGCUCUUGUAGGUACCGGUGCCCCCGCCUUGCCCAAAAAGGUUGAACCCAUCUACAGUAAAAUACAACCAAAAGAUUCCAGAAGCAAUACCUUACCGAGAGAACCGAUAUACAGCAAGGUGCGUAAAGAAUCGGGAACCUUGCCUAGAGACCCAUCCCACAGUAAGGCUAAAUCUAAAGAACCUAUAUACACCAAACCUCUGCCGCUAACACCCAAGGAGGAGGCUGAACGAAAACGUGAUUCUUUCUACAGUCAGACUUCUACCUCGUCAGACUACGGUAAGGUGACGGUGAGAGUUGGAGAAAUUACCCCAAGUCGUCCAGCUGUCAUCACCAUCAACAACCCGGGGUACGCUGCCCCCUCAGGUUUGCCAUCACCAAUCUCACCCUCUUCGCCAACGUCUCCAUCAUCGCCGUUAACUUCAUCUGCACCCAUUUGGCCCACCGUUAACAAUACCCCCGCAGUUUCUCCGCCUAAGCACUCCGGCAAAACAGUGUCACUGAGCCCCACGACACAGGUUAAGGUGGUGGAGCGGAUUGAGUGUGCUCCUCCGUCUAAGUCACUCGAAGAAACUCCCGAACCUCGACCUCUCGUAGCUUCAGAUUCCUCACUGAUAGAGAGUUCAGACACUGAGUCAACAGGCCGCAAUAAACUCAGUCAACUGGUGGAGGAGUUAGCACUCGAGUUAGAGGCUGUCAGUCGCCGCAUUGGUGCAAAUGCCGAGAUCGACGACGACUGCAAGAAAGAGGUUUUGGCCAAACUUUUGUCAACUUAUGAUAUACCAAAGAAUCUUCGACGAGUUGAAGAGGCAGACGAAGACGCUGUGCUGGAGGCAGAACAGGCUCUUGUCCCAGGCUCCAUCAGCAUGGAUGAACUACGGUAUGUGGACGACAACGAAGACAAUGCCGAAACAGUUUACGCCGAUGUACCCGACUACUCACAAGACGAGUUUGUCAUCGCCCUAGACGACGAGAACGACCCUAGGUAUGCCUCGCUCACCAGAAAAUUCCGAGAGAAUAAGUCUUGGGGAGACUCUCCAGGUAGAAUCAGCAGGAAGACAGCAAACGUGUAUGCCAACGCUCUCAACGUGGUCACCGCACUCCGCGUACUCAUCAACUCAAAGUCUACGCGGGCAGCUACAGUCAUCAACAAGAUGGGCACGCUGGCCCGCCCUUACGCCCAACGCGUCCAGGGAACCAUCUCCGACACUACCUGGAUCCAACGAGUAAUCUACCAUAAGUCGGUAAGAAAAGCAUCACAACACGAGUGCUAG